AUGGCGGUCAGAUAUACACCGGAUGAGUUGAAGUUUCUACGAGACUCACCGUUGGUCGACAAGCCUCCAAACCUGCCCCCAGCAGAUCAAUGGAUGGGACAACCUGCAGAUGCUACUCGUAAUCCGACUAAGCCAACUAUCGACAGAGCAAAGAGUAAUGACUCUAACCUACUUCUAGAUCAGACGAGACGCCCUGUAACAGAGCGGCACAUGUCACGUAACUCUGCCAACCCCGAAGACAUAAUUCUCGGGCCACCCAAAAACCAGUUCUCUUCAGCUGCUCGCAAUGCUGGUAAAACUUUUGAUUCCUCAGAGCGAUCUUCCUUCAGGGACACAGAUUCAAGAGACCGAUACAACUUCCGAAACAAGACUGGAGAAGGAGAGACUGAGCGAACGCGAGAUACCCGAAACAACAAUCUACGCCCAAAGCGUCCAGAUGGCGAAGAUAGCGAUGGAUGGAGCACGGUUAAACCCAGAAAGAGUUUUGGUACGGAGGGUGCCGAGAGAUUCAAUGGUCGCAUGGGGGUGGACAGACACAGAGAGGAUAGAAGAUUCAAAGACAGGGAAGAACGUGAGGUAAAGGAGAAGCCAAGGGGCUUUGAGAGCUUCUCCAGGGACAAGGAUAUUGAUCAAGACCAGGAGAAAGACGCUCGUAGGAAUGGGACAGGACGUGGUCGAAACGAAUCCUGGUUCAAGGCCAAGGAUUCAACAGAUGUGCCUCAGUCCGGAGCUAAAGAACGGAAUAGUAAUGGUGACAGAUUUGUCGAUCGAAAUCGUGGAUGGAGAGACCAGGAAAGAGACGAUACUAGAGCAGAGCGCGGUGAGAGGAACGAGAGAAGCGAGAGAAAUGAUAGAGGGGGUGAUAGAGGCGAUCGUCGUUGGGAUAGAGACCGAGACCAGCGCCAGGAACGCGAGCCUGCAUGGUUCGAUGAGCCAGUAGAAGAUAAAUCGUCAGCAAACCAGGUCCAUACAGCAGACGACUUCCAGAAGUGGAAGGAACAGCAACGCUCUAGAGAUCUUGGAAGUAAAUCUGCUCAAAUACACCUGGACGAAGCAAAGCCUGAGGAGCCGUCAUUUUCUGGUCUGGACAAGCCGAAGGUAGAAACUCCUUUGGAGAUGAAUAACGGACCAGAUAAAUUCUUUGGACUGUGGUCAGCCUCAAAGGAAGGAACUACUCCAGAUUCUAGCUUAGAGCCAAAGACAGAUGGAGUGCCAAAAGCGAAGACUGUGGUAGGAAAGGCCUCCAGAUUUACUUCUUUCUUUACACCCCAGGAGGACCCCCAACGACGUCAAACAGAGCCGCUACCAGCUCCGCCUCCCCAAAUUCCGAGUGGACUUGCAGCCUUGUUCUCCAACCCCGGACCAAACGCCUCCAAUGCAAACACUGGCCAGUCUGCUGUACAAGCAGAGAGAGAAGCUUUCCAGACCUUGCUCCAAAAGCUACAACUUCAGACCCCUAGCGGCUCUGGGUCGACUCCCCCUGUGGAACCUUCGAUGCAAGCAAGGCCUCCCGCAACAGAGAAGCAACGCAGCAACCCAAAUCCUACCCCGGAGACAUAUCAGCAAUACCGUACUGACCGCCCGGAGGAGUCUCGACCAAAUACUCGCAACUCUCAGCAGUCUAUGCAGCAAGAUGUAUUGAAUCAACGUCAAAUGACCGGAAGCCAGCCAGUUGUACGACCAGAGCAAAUGCUACAAGAUCUUGUUGGUCAACGACACAGUGCCAUAAGCCAGAAUUCGCGACCGGACCAACCGCCAGCUCGCAAUACAAAUACCGAAUUUCUCAUGGGCCUUAUGCAGAGUGCUAGGGCUGCACCAGAACCUCAGAGAUCGGAGCAAAUUCUUUUGAGAAUGGCACCCAGGAAUGUUGACCGUCAACUUCAGCAGCAAGCAAUGGAGCGUGAACAAGACAUGCAACGAGAGGCUGCUCAGCGGGAACGAGGUGCUUCUCAACGCCAGAUUCGUCCACAAGCUCCUCCUGGAUUCUAUGCGGAGGACCCAGCUUUCCAACGAGGACCUACGCAGCAUGAAAGACAGCCUGGCAACCCCCCGCAACCAACUCAAAUUCUUCAACGCCCAGCACCACCAGGUCUUGAGAUAGGUGGUUGGGAGCGUCAAAACCAAGUAGCCCAACAGCAUCGCAUUGCCCAAAACAUAGCUCCACCACCUGGGCUUGCAAAUGGACCUAAUCGUGGAAUGCCAAUACCUCAAGGCAUGUAUCCACCAGGGUUUCCCAUCGGCGCAUUUCCUCCACCCGAUGUUAUGGCUGGACCUCCUCGCAAUAUGCAGAUGCAACCACCGCCUGGGUUCUUCAAUCCUCCCCCUCCAGGAUUCAUGCCGCCAGGUAUGAGCGGAUUCCAAGGUCCCGAGGGCAUGGGCUUUGGCUCACCAUUUGAUGGACGAGGACCCCCACCUCCCCAAGGUGCCUUCCGAAGACAAUAA